CUAGGAAAUUUAUAAAUGUACAUGGAAGGAACACAUAAAGUUGAUGGUGAUUUUCUCAUUGCACUCGUCAGCCAACAGCUUUAAAAAGACUAUGUCAAUCCAGAUUAGCAUUUAAUUAUGUAUAAAUUUUGUAGUCAUGGAAACAAUGAUUACAAAUUUAAACAAGCCAUGAAGUGACAUUGAAGGAACAUGUUACGUUGACCGCCACAAACAAAAACUGCACAUCGGAGCAAGCAACAUUGCUUCUCUUAUCUCAUCCAUCCAUGUCUUCCUUCAUUAACUUCCCCCAAUCUGCACAAUCAUUUUGGAAUGAUCACACAUCAAUGAAGAAUGCCUCGAAAGAAUUAAGGAUUAAUGAAGUGUUCCUAAGUUUUCGAGGCAAAGACACACGUGCUUCCUUUACUUCGCAUCUCUAUGCUUCUCUUCAAAACUCUGGAAUUAACGUUUAUAGGGACGAUCACGCGCUUCCAAAGGGAGAUGGCAUUCCGACAUCAUUAAAACGAACAAUCAAAAGUCUCAAAUUUCUAUUAUUGUUUUCUCAAAGAACUAUGUGGAAUCAAGUUGGUGUAUGGAUGAGUUGCUGGAAAUCAUGGAGUGUCACAAAACCAUAGGCCAAGUGGUUCUGCCGGUGUUUUACAAUGUAGAUCCAUCGGAAGUACGUCAUCAAAUUGGUGAGUUCGGAAUAGCAUUUCAAAAUCUUUUGACGAAGAUUUCAAAGAGGGAACAUAAGUUGCGUUUAGAGAAUAAGAACUACAAAUUGCAGCUUCGUCAGUAUUUUGAGCAAGCAUGGAGACUGGCACUUCGCGAGGCGGCUGGCCUUGUAGGAUUUGUAGUCCUAAACUCCAAGUAAUUUCAUUCAACAUUUACUGCUUACAAUUUCUUUAAUGUGUGUUUGAACGGGUAAUUGAAAAUUCUGUAAGAUAAGAAAGAAAUUUCAAAUUCAAUGAUAAGUUGUGUUAAAUAGUAACAAUCUGUACAAGACUUUGAUCCUCACAGCAACUUUUUGUGACUAGUCCAACUCUCUCUCACACACACGUCGGACUAUAAUUAUUUUACGGAAAUUUUCUAUACUUUUGACAUAUGCAUAUAUGCACCUUCUGUUUGAUCAAUUUUUGUAGGAAUGAAAGCGAGGUUAUUAAAGAUAUUGUUGAAAAUAUUACACGAUUGCUUGACAAGACAGACUUGUUUAUUGCUAAUAAUUCAGUGGGGAUUGAAUCUUGAGUGCGAGAUAUGAUUCAGUUUGACUUAUAUCAAGAAAAUUUGGUUUUCAGUGAGUUGGAAAACAUCAAUGUCAAUGUUGUGUGGAAAGAGAACCAGAAUAUGGCUGUUAAUGGGAGUGAUUGUUGUUUGCUCCCUGGUGAUAGUUAUCCAAAUUGGUUAACCUUUAAUUCUGAAGGUUCUUCGGUAACUUUUGAAGUCCCUCAAGUGGAAAGGCAUAACUUAAAGACAAUGAUGUGCAUUGUCUAUACUUCAACCUCAGAUGACAUAACAUCAGAUGGCCUUAAAAACGUGUUAGUGAUAAAUCACACAAGAGCCAUCAUUCAACUCUAUAAGAGUGAGACAUUAAUCUCCUUUGGAGAUGAGGAGGGGGAGAGAGUAGUAUCAAGUAUAGAAUCCGGUAACAAAGUGGAGGUGGUUGUUGUUUUUGAGAAUGGUUUCAUUGUGAAGAGGAUAGCAGUUUAUCUUGUAUAUGAUAAUUCAAUUGGCAAAACUAUUGAUCUGUAUCAUUUACCAGACCUGAAUAUCAUUGAUUGUAGCAGUGAUGAUAGUGAAUGCAUUGGCAAAAGGAUCUCUACUGAAGAGGAGUCCAUCGAUGACUUCAAUCAGACUAGAAAGAAGAAAAAACGAGUGGAAUGAAUCAAUGAGGGGUAAAAAUCAGUUUUUGUAGUGCAUGCAAACUUUUGAUUGGAAACAAUUGUUUUCCAAUUUUGGCUGAAGUUUCUAGAUUUUAUUCAUGGUAAAUUUUUGUAAUCCUAAAGAUAGGUGAAAGAUUACAAUUUGUUAUGUUACAAUUCUUCCACGUCAUAUCUAGUUUUUGGCCGUGACUCUAACAUUAUUUUCAGCUUUGAGAGAGAA